AUGUCUGGUCGUGGUAAAGGAGGUAAAGGCCUAGGAAAAGGAGGUGCUAAGCGCCACCGUAAGGUAUUGCGUGACAACAUCCAGGGCAUUACUAAACCUGCAAUUCGGCGUCUCGCUCGCCGUGGUGGCGUGAAGCGUAUUUCUGGCCUCAUUUAUGAGGAGACUCGCGGAGUGCUGAAGGUUUUUUUGGAGAAUGUGAUUCGCGAUGCCGUGACCUACACUGAACACGCAAAGCGUAAGACUGUUACUGCCAUGGAUGUAGUCUACGCGCUCAAACGCCAAGGCCGUUUGGCUCCCACAGUUUUACACAGGAAUGGUUUUGUCCUCAUGGCUCGUACCAAGCAGACCGCUCGCAAGUCCACCGGCGGCAAGGCGCCGCGCAAGCAGCUGGCUACUAAGGCAGCCCGUAAAAGCGCACCGGCCACCGGCGGCGUGAAAAAGCCGCAUCGCUACAGGCCAGGCACUGUAGCGCUGCGCGAAAUCCGGCGCUACCAGAAAUCCACCGAGCUGCUAAUUCGUAAACUGCCCUUCCAGCGGCUGGUUCGCGAAAUCGCUCAGGACUUCAAGACCGACCUUCGCUUCCAGAGCUCAGCCGUGAUGGCGCUGCAGGAGGCGUGCGAGGCCUACCUGGUGGGGCUCUUUGAGGACACCAACCUGUGUUUUGUCUUCUUCACCAUGUCUGGUCGUGGUAAGGGUGGCAAGGGCUUGGGAAAAGGCGGCGCUAAGCGCCACCGGAAGGUCCUGCGUGACAAUAUCCAGGGCAUCACCAAACCUGCUAUCCGGCGCUUGGCCCGACGAGGUGGCGUAAAACGUAUCUCGGGUCUCAUUUAUGAGGAGACUCGCGGGGUCCUCAAGGUCUUUCUGGAGAACGUGAUCCGGGACGCCGUUACUUACACGGAGCACGCCAAGCGCAAGACUGUCACUGCCAUGGAUGUGGUCUACGCGCUCAAACGCCAGGGCCGCACCCUCUACGGAUUCGGCGGCUAA